AUGUUGGCAAAGUGCACGAUCUCAAAUACUCGACAAGCUCCUGGCCGCAGUCACUGCAAACUUGUGGCUCGCUUUGAUUUAUCAGCAACAGAAGUAUGGGCCUUUCUGGCACAGCAAUUGGAAGGACUGGCAGCGCGCCAGGACCACGAGUACAACAGGGUACCGCUGAAUGAUAUCGGGGCAGAGGCGCGAGGCUUUCGAAUUGAGAAGAUAGCGUUCGAAGUGGAUCAGAUUCUCCAUCCACAUGUGCCUUUUAAACUUUCAAGAGCUUGUUCCGAUGUAGACUGGUUUCGUGGAGAAGUGAAAGUGGAAAACAAGCAUGGACAGAUGCUCUUUGAUCCAGAUAGGGGGUGGUACUGUAAUUUCUCAUGGAUCAAGUGCGCAAGUGCUAAUGUUCGUGAACACAAUGUUUUUGAUGAGCUUUGUCUUGCCAUCUACAGCCCCUUUGGCCUGCACUUCCUGAAACAUCCUGGCGACUUCGACCCAAGCGUGACGCGGGGUCUGCGUGGAAAACAGUUGAAGCUUCGUGCACCCAGGCGUAUGCUUGAUGUCAAGGAGGCACUUGACCACAUGCUGAAAAAGAUGGAAGUUGAUUGGAGCUGCCAGCCUCUUGCCACAGUUCUUUGGGACACCGGCGGUUGA